AUGACGAACCGGAGUUCAACCAUGGACGACUUCUUGAAGAUCGAAAAAAUUGGAGAAGGCACAUACGGUGUGGUAUAUAAAGGAAAGAAUAAGAAGACUGGAGAACUAGUGGCUAUGAAGAAAAUCAGACUUGAAUCUGAAGAUGAAGGUGUUCCUUCAACAGCUAUUAGGGAAAUUUCACUUCUGAAAGAACUGAGACAUCCAAACAUUGUUUCUUUAGAAGAUGUUAUGAUGGAAGAACAAAGACUGUACUUAAUAUUUGAGUUCCUUACAAUGGAUCUAAAGAAGUAUCUAGAUAAAAUUGAAACGGGUACGUAUAUGGAUCCAAAACUAGUAAAGAGUUAUCUAUACCAAAUGAAUGAGGCUAUACUGUUUUGUCAUCAAAGAAGAGUGCUUCACAGAGACUUGAAGCCGCAAAAUUUACUGAUUACUAUGGAUGGCAAGAUGAAGGUUGCAGACUUUGGUUUAGGGCGUGCAUUUGGAGUCCCAGUAAGGGUUUACACUCAUGAGGUUGUCACCCUGUGGUACAGAGCUCCAGAAGUACUUUUAGGUUCUGAUAGGUACUCUUGUCCAAUUGAUAUAUGGUCGGUGGGUUGUAUAUUUGCAGAAAUGGCCACCAAACGACCUUUAUUCCAAGGAGAUUCAGAGAUUGAUCAAAUAUUUAGGAUAUUCAGGAUCUUAAGGACUCCAACUGACGAUAUUUGGCCUGGUGUGUCAUCUCUUCAAAAUUAUAAAGCCACAUUUCCAAAUUGGACAAAUUUCAAUCUGGCCAGUCAAGUCAAGAACUUGGAUGAUGAUGGUAAAGAUCUGUUACAACAAAUGCUGGUAUACAAUCCAGCUAAAAGGAUUUCAGCCAAGAAAAUAGCUGUCCAUUCUUAUUUCCACGAUCUGGAUCUUACAGUGAAGCCUGUGUUUACAGAAAAAGAUAAAAAAUAA